CAUCACUUCACAUCGUUGUUUGCUUGAAGAUUGUUCCAUUAUUUUGUUUGCCAUGAGCGAAAGAAUCCUUCCAAAGAUGGAGUGCACUCGAAUCUCUGGGUUGAAUACAUCAAGAAUCAAUUGGGAAUUAAGAGUAAGGUUGGUUCGCUACUAUGCAAAUCCAAAUUUCAACAAGCAAGCCAAGACUCCAAAUAGUUUGGAAUGCAUUUUUUACAAUUGUCAGGCCCUUUACGCCUUUAGGUCGUUCCAAGAGUUGAGCAACAGUGAUCAAGUGGAUCUUAAACAACUCUUUGAUGUUGUUGGGAGUAUUGUUUCAAUUCACGUACCAGAGCCUCAAGAGUAUGAUGUUGAAAGUCAAAAGUUGAUUGAACUUGUGCUGGAAGAUCCUGAAUAAGUGAAUGAAUUUAAAAAUGAGAGGUGGCAGUCUCAAGUUCUUACUUUGCUUCAAAGCUGAUCAUUAAUAGAAAAUAAAAAGAGCUGGAAGAAUACAAAACCAGAACUAAUUAGUUUGUUAGUUCUAGAAGUUUAUUUAAACAAUUCUGCAUGGCCAGAACUCUUACGUGUUGUUCAAUGUUUAAAAGGUCAUUGUAAGUGCUACAUAUUGUGUGAAGUUAUGGUGAUGUUGUACUUCACUUAUUUGUUAAGAAUAUAUUAAUUGAAAAUUAUAAAGAUAUACAAAAUUAAAGCUGCUUUAACAUAAAUUCAAUCUUUUUAUCACUUGACAACUAUUAUCAGAUCAGACAAUUAAGAGAGAUGCAUACCUGAUGGAAAGCUUUCGGUUCUCUUCUUCAUGGGCAGUAUACCAAAAUAUUGAUUAAGAUAUUAUGCAAAUUAAAAUGUUGACUAGAGUAUAAUAUUGUCACGUGCAUCGCACGGGUACAAUACUAGUUCUGAAAAAAAUAGUUAUGACAUUCUUAUAUUUUAAAUUGAUGAAAAUUGAUAAAUAAAUAAAAUUUCAAACACAACAAUUUCUUAUCACUUGUUUUUCAAAGAAAUUUUCAAAUCCAAAAAAUUACUUAGAAUUUGAAAAUGCAGUGAAUGAAUAGAAAACACAAAAAACUGAGUGUAGGAGGUGGAAAAAGAAGAGGAAGAGGAAGAGAAAGAAGAAGAGGAAGACCUGAUUUUGCCGGAGGAACCGUUGAAGUGGCUGUCACGCCCCGGAUCUACCGGACACGUCAACAAUCCGCCGUACAAUACGAACAGUCAACCGCAGUCCAACUCAUCCAUACUGUACAAGGCGUCUUGUAUACCAUUCACACAUAGUACAUCCAUAAACAAACAUGAUGUAAAAUAUUCAUUUGAAACAGCGGAAGUAAUACAACAGGUGUUCAAGCCACACUUGGAAAACAUGGGCACACAAGCCCCCAAAUAAUUAUUCAUAAAAAUAUUACCCAUGAGCAUUAAUUUAAUUGUUUCUAAAACAGAAGCGGAGGAAACAUGAAUCACAUCUUCCUUCCUUGAUUCUCCUGAAACAACGGCACUGGUAGCAAGCUCAACUCCUACCUGAAACUGUGAGGGGGCCUCCCCCGUGAAGGGAAGGUCAAUAUUUGGAAGCAUUUGACAAGUACAAUGACAACUAUACUAAGUAUAAUCAAUGUUUCAAUUUCCAAGACUCUCAAUCUAGGGUGUUAUUAUAUUAUAGUAAACCCACGUUUUUUCAUGCUAGAGCUCGGCUCACAGUCAUACCACAUUUUGCUAGAGCUCGGCUCAUAGUCACACUACAUUUUGCUAGAGCUCGGCUCAUAGUCAUAUUACAUUUUACUAGAGCUCGGCUCAUAGUCAUACUACAUAAAGCUAGAGCUCGGCUCAUAGUCAUCCUACAUUUUGCUAGAGCUCGGCUCAUAGUCAUACUACUACGUGCUAGAGUUCAGCUCAUAGUCACGUCAUCUAUUCUCUAAGCAAUUUUCUUAGCCUAGACUCCCUUCAUUUUGAGUAACCUUUAAGGCUUACUCCUAAUGAAAUUAAGGAUUUCUGAAGUCCACCUUAAAACAACAUUUCUUAAAAUAUCUCUUGAGGCUACUUAAGGUGUGAUCCUCCCAUUUCAAUAUCUUUGGAUUGGUUCCAACAAUUAUUCGAAUUAACAUUUCCGACUAGUAUUCCUAUACUAGUCGACCUUAGUAUAACCAAGUUCUUGAUUCAUAGUAUUUCGAUUUAAUUCUUCUUCCAAGUAAAAUCUUGUUAUAAUAUCAAAAUAUCACUUUUAUCCUUUCAUGACCUCUUUCAUGAAGUAAAAGUACAUUUAUCACAAUAAAAUCCAUGGUUAUUAUAACCAUCAUGCCAUCAUUCUUAUAACACAUAAUCAUACACAAUUUACUCAUAAAUUUGUAUAUUAUGCAUACUAUACCUAUAAUCAUUAGUAAUUCUACUUGGGCAUUAUUAGUCAUUGAUAAUCCAUGCAAAUCACAUUGUUCUCAUUUAGGUAAUCUUAUGAAAUUAACCCAAUAAUUAUAAGCAAUAUAGUCAGUCAUCCUCACCUCGAAUUAACGCUAUGAAGUUCCACCCCUCUUGGUUGAACUCCGGCGAAACUCUGGCGACUUUUGAUGAGCUCCGGUGAAAACUUCGGCGACUCUUUCAACCUUGUGAAAGACCUUGAAAUACCUCAAUCAAGUUCCUUAAUUUUCACACUUUUUCCUAGUUUUUUCCUUCUUAAAUUGCCCUCUUUGGACCACUUUUUCUUGAGCUCGUUUCUUGGCUAUGGAGGAUGAGUUUGCAGAGGUUAUCUCCCUCUCUUGGUGUGCUUUGGCCGAAAUAAUGGGUGAGGAAAGAGGGGGUGUGCUUCUCUUUUUGUUUCUUUAGGAAGUUAUGGGUGAGGGGGUCCCUUUGGAUGUCAAAGGUGUUCCUCCCAUCCCCUCAAAAGCUCUCAGCCCAUAUUUGACACAAAUCAGCCCCCUUUGGAAGCCAAAUUCGUGGGUUGGCCCCCACCCAUAUGGGUGGUCAACCCUUUUUGUCCAGAAGUGUACAUUCGGCCCCGAAAGUUGUAUUUUUCGGACUGUUUUAAAUAUAUUUUAUUUUAUCGGGUCAAAUAAAAUAUAUUACACGUUAUCAAUCAUUAUGGCUCUUAUAAUGAAUAUAUAUUCCCCAACAUUAAUUUAUAAGCCCCCGAAAUUCAUUCCAGGCCGUUAUCUGUGAAAUUACCAAAACCGGUAAUUGAGCCACUUUUGACCAAUCGGUCCACAUUAUAUCUUUUCUUUGGCCCAAAUAAAUUAUCCACCACUACAUAAACAUCAUCUCGACCAAGAUGAAUAAAAUGUAUGAUCUCGGGAAUAUCGGGCGGUCCCUGCUCCCGGUGUGGGCCCCACGUGCCAGUUUGCUAUUCACGCAAAGGCAUUAAUAAAUAUUCACAACUUCGUAACCUCAUUAAUCAUUCCAUAAGGUUCAAUACAUUAUUCAAUUAAAAGUAAAUAUAUUUGGGGACGGUGUUACAGUGGCGGCAGCUGGCGUUGAGCAAACGACUGAGAUGUUCGCGGUCGAGAUCAAUCGAUUUCGCUAAAGUUGCGUCCAUGGCAAUUGAGUCGGGGAAGGCUGUAAUCGCAAGUGUAGUGAUCGAUGGCAGAGGAUUGGGGAAAAGUGAUUUUGGGAUAAAGGGUAAAAAUGUAAUCUGGAGUCAUAUUUAGGUAAUUUAAAACUUUAAGUCCCAUUUGGGGCAAUUUCUUAAAACAUAACUAUUAGAUAAGAUAGUCAUCCGUGAGAGAGUAUAUGAAAAUUGUUAUAAUACAUUUAAAUGGCUACAGAGUUAUAAUGGAGCGACUACAUGCAAUUAGACAUGUUGACACGGUCGAAAAUGAGAUCUAGUCAGAUCUAGUCAAUGAUUUUACCUUAAUAACACGUUAAACGAAGCAAAAGUCAUAGAGAAGGUUUCAAACAUAUGUCAAUGGUUUGACCAAACAAAACAUCAAAAGAAGUAGAAGUUAUGGAGAUAAAUUCAAACUAAUACAUAAACCAUGUUUGUCAUUCAUUUAUUAGUAUUUGUAUUAUGAGUACAUUACAAUGUCGAGAUCGCGUCAAUGUUUUGACUCAUUGAUCUAAAAAUUGGCCAAGUUGGAUCGAUUAAACAACACCUAGUUGCUAAGCGGCCUAACUGCAGAGGACUAAUCGGUCUAGUCGGCCAAAAAAUCGGCCUAGAUAUCCGCCUAAUCAGUUAAAAUCAGUCUAAUCAUCCUGACACAAUUAAAAGAUUUUGAAGAUAUUACAUUAUCAGUUAUCAAUUUUCAAAUUCUCCAAUACAAUAUGAUUUCAAGAUUGUGAUGAUAGUUUGACCAAAUGGAAACGUUAUAAGACUUCGAAAGUCAAUUUCAACUGAAAUAAAGAGUCAAAUUCAAACUUGCUUGCUAUAAGUGAUAGUGUAGUAUUGUCUUCAUAUUUCUCUUGAUUGUGACAGGAUGCAACCUAAUAAAUAAAUGACAUAUAUGAUUUAUUUGUAAUUUUGAUUUUUUUUUACUCCAGGGGGUCUGGGGGAGGGAGGAUGGGGGGAGCUUGAAGUAAUCAGGGCUGAAACUCACUCCAUUGAGUUUAGAACCCUUAUGUGCCUAGCGGGUUUCGAACUCGAGACCUCUCACUAGGCACGGUAACCUCACAACCAGCUGGCUUGGAAUACUUGGUUUUUAUUUAUAAGUUUGAAUUUAACUCCAUAGCUUCUACUCCCACUGUCCUAUUUUACGUGUCCUACCAUUUUCGGAUUGUCCCAAAACAUUUUCCUUUUUGAAAAGAAAUAUGUAGUCUACAACAUUUCACUUUACUAUAUUCAAAUUUCAACUUUUUACUUUUUCAACCACUGUAUUAAUAAUUCUGUCAAACCAAAGUACUUCUUUUGAUGUUUUAAUUUGGUCAAACCGCUGAGGUAAGUUUGAAACUGCCUCUAUGACCGUCUCCUUUUAACGUUUUAGUUAGGUAAAAUCAUUUAUGAGAUCUCGACACAAUAAUAGUGUACUAGGAGGAUCCCAUAAAACUUGACCAAAUUUUCAUUUUUGAUCUAUUCCGAAAAGACUUUGUCAUUUUCAUUUAAAGUAGCAAAUAUGUGACUAAAAUUGUCUCUCUCUCUCUCCUCCAAACAAAUUUCAACCAUAUAAUAUUUACUUUAUUAAUCUUUGUGUAGUCAACUUUGAUCAAGUUUUAUGAGUCGGGUAAGGUAACAAAUUAAUACGUAGUAAGAGACAUCGGAAUACCGUCCUCAUAGUCAUUCUGGCGCGUCAUGAUGCAACGUAAUGGGAUAAGUCAUAGACAUGUUCAUUUAUAUAUAAGUUUGAAUUGGACUGCACUAAUUCUGCUUGUUUUAAUGUUUUAAUUUGGUCAAAUCAUUGACAAUAUCUGGAAAUAUCAAAAUCGUAUUGGUAAAUUAUUAGGGUAUGGUAAUACUUUUCUCAAAUGCGUUUUGAUGUGUCAGAAUGAAGCAUAAUGAAUAAUCGAUAAAAAAAAUACUAUUUGUAAAUUUCACAUUUAUUUAUUGGUGGCCGGUAUCAUAUUCGUCUUUUCUUAAAUAAUCUUAUUCUUGAAAAGCCUUACAUAUUUAUGAAUCACUACAAGCAAAUUGUCAUUUACCAAAGUGCAAUUAUCAAUAUAGAGUUUUAAAUAAGAAAACAUUGAAAUGAAAAAGGUAACUGUAGAUUAAUAAUACAACAAGGACAUAUGGUUAGCAUUUAGGACCAUUACGGUACAUUUAGUAAAUAAGAUAGGGUCUAAACUCUAAAAUGCUAAUUGAGAUUUUGCUCUUAUUUUUGUCCUUUCAAGUUUCGCCUUUCUGACUAGUGGCACUAAACUCUUUCCAUCACAAAUUCACAACGCUCAAAUUUCAUUUGUGCAAGCCUAGCUAUGUGCGCAUAAUUUUACAUUUUAUGGUGUGUAUUCAAUGACAAUAUAGCUUUGUCACAAUUUACUCAAUUGACCCCCACUAUCCAAACAAGGAGUCCAGAUUCCGUGUAAUAUUCAUUUUUCUAUCAUUCGCUAGACUUAAUACUGCCUAGUCUAGUCGGUCUAGUCAUCCAAAAAUCAGCCUAGUUGUUUGCCUAGACAACGCCCCUCAAUCGCACGACUAGCGCCUAACGAUUUUUAGAAUAAUAGUUUGACUAAACUAAAACGUUAGAACAUAUUGAAGUUAAGGAGUUAAGUUCAAACAGAGUUAAAGAGUGAAAUUUAAAUUUACAUACCUUAUGUUCUUCUUCAUCACUGGUGUGUAGCAUAUAAUGGGCACACAACUAUUUUUUACCCAAGGAAGUAGGGUGUCGAACCACAGAGAAGCGGGAAAUAAAAUAAUUAAGCACAAACUAAGGAUUAAAGUUGGAAGUGCGUUUCUUUUGAUUUUUUUUUGGUUGCUUGGAAAAGUAAUAAAAUAAAAGUGAUUGAGAUGAGAGAUUUUUAUCAACACAAAGUUCAACCAAUAGCAAGUAGGGGUAGAAAUUGGUAACUAAUUGUUCAAUGUUUAAUUGAAAGAAAUAAUUGCUAAUUUUAUUCGUAGAUAGAUUGUGAGAAGUUGUGGAUAAAUAUUUUAGGACCCAACACAAGUCAUCUAAAAUAAGUAACUAGUCAACAUUUCCCAGUGAUGGCCAAAACGAGACUAGUUGUUUAAGUGCAACGACAACCUUAAUUAUUAACUAUAUUAUUUACCCAACCCCGUGGUGUAAAUAAUAUAAUUAAAUAAUUAAAUUCCCCCGUAAAACUUCAAUCCGGGACAAGGUAAAAGAAGUUUAACGGUGUGUUCAGAAAGUGUUCAUUUGUGUAUUUAACAAACAAUAUGUUUAUGAUUGAGUACUCAUAAUAUAUAUCACAAACAUAACUUAAUUAAUUUUCUGGACACAACAAUCUAAAUAGAACAAACUUAACAAUUAAAAUCAAUACAAAUUAAAACAUGAUAAGAACAAUUAAUUAACCAAUUUCUAGCCCCAAAUUUAUUUAGCUAUACAUGUUUGGAAGCAUAGAAAUAGAUGAAUCCAUAAUUAAAGUACAAGAUUUAAUGAGAUAAGGAAGAUCAAACUUGUGAUAGAUGACAAUCCUUGAAGCUUUGGUGCUAAUCUUGACUUAAUCUUGGAUAAGGAAGUGAUUAGUUGUGGUUGAAGAUGGGUUGAUGAUUUGGAAGUGAAGAAUGAAGAGAGAAGGAGGAGGAAAUGAUUCUGGGAGGUUUAGAGAGAAG